ACCCUUUUCAGCGAGUAGCUUCCGCGCUCCUCAGCCUGGUUCUUAGGUCUCGCCACAAGCUGUCGGCUUUGUCUCAUUCAACCUUCUUUCACUCAUCCGUGAAGAUUGUGAGCACGGCAAGGGAAGGGCAUAUACAUAUUAUACUGGUCAUACAAGUUGCCUUCAGCUUCAUGGAAAACGUCCGCUGAACUCACCAGAUUGUCAGGACAAUGGCGGAGCCUCACAUUAAGCAAGACCCAUACAUCAAGCGCGACCCCGACACCAUAGGGGCCUCCCCCGCAUCAUUCGCAGACUCGGAAGCUUUUGAGGAUGCUGGGGACCUAGAGUUUAGCACCGAUCCCAACUUCCAGAACGUAUAUCUCGCGCGAGUGCCGAAGUACCUCUGGGAGCAAUGGAACGACUUGGAUGAUGACGCUGAGAUCCGGCUGGGUACGGUCAGAAAGACUGUGAACACGAAUAGUGAUGGCGUAAAAGAUGUGAGCCUGACGAUGCUCCUCCGGCCCGACCUGGCGCAACAUCAAGCGGUCCCGAAAGAGUUCAGCCUGGAUAUCACCGCAGAGACUGUGGAUAACACAUUCGUCUUCACGGAACAGGAUCUUCCUGGCUUUAAGUCCAAAUCACGCAAAGGCUUUGACCCAGCGACUGCCAAUCUCCCCGCGCGCCUCACCCGUCCCAAGUUCGACAAGCCAACCGACAAGCAGCCAUGGGAUCCCAAGAAGCGCUUCCAGCCAUACUACAAACGUGCCAUCCCAAAGAAGACCACGCUCGCCGGCCGCGUCGCCCACGAGAUCAACUGCGUGCCUGUCGACAACCCCGAGACGAACCGCCUCUUGGCCCAGCGCACGAUCGCCGCUAUGCAGCCGCGAAACCGCACCGUUUUCCUCUCAGGCACGCGGUCUCGGGAGGCAGGCUUCAUCCAGCCUGGAACCAUUCGCGCCCAGGAGGCAUUUGGUGGCUUCAUCAAGAACACUGGAGCGCUCAAGUCGAAAUCUGGCCAGGACACAAAGACUGCUCGUAUGCCUCAGAACGAGCUACUGGAUCUUAUCUUCCAGUGCUUCAAGGAGUUUAAUUUCUGGUCGAUGAAGGCGCUGCGGGCGAAAUUGCAGCAGCCGGAAGCAUAUCUGAGGGAAACGCUGGAGAAGGUGGCGGACAUGCCGCGGAGUGGACGCUUUGCCAUGCACUGGACGCUGAAGAAAGAGUAUAAAAUGAACAUCGACGAGUCGACUGCUGAUGCAGCCCCCGAGACGGAAGAGCUCGAUGACUCGGAGAUGGCGGAUGUAGACGACGAUGAAGAUGAUGAUCUCAAGUUUGAGGAUGUCGCAUAAUUGCAUGGGAGGAGUUUGGGCGCGGUGCUUACAGAGGGAAGGCGAGGAUUUGUUGUCAGGGUUGCAUUGGAGGCGCAAAGGGAUAGCCACUGUCUAUGGGGCAAUAUUAGGCAGGUAGAAUGCAGGUACAAAAAAUAAGCAUAAUUACAGGUGUUAUUGAAACUUCUGGAUUUGGCAGCUAUUCUAUUAUUGAUGGAUCUGAUAUUACACUCUUAUCAUUUAGUUCCACCUUUAAGUACAUGAGAUAUCCGGGUCGUCUUGCAUUAUGACAAUGUGCAUAUGAAAUGUCAUAUUCUUGCGGUGAAU